UUCUACUCUGCCGACAGCAGCUGUCUCGCGCCUGGAGCAUGCCAAUUUAGAGUGUACUUUACCUUUUGCUCCGGCUCAUGGCAGCCUCCACGCCCAUGCUCCUGCUGCUGCUAGGCUGGCUGGGUAUCCUCGCCGUCGCCGCCAUCGACCCGCCCACCGGCAACCACCGCAAGAUCGACGUCGACCUCUGGAACGACCUGCAUACCAAAGAGUCGGUCGACGCGAUCGUCGAGUUUGAGGGCCUCCAACAGUUCUGGGGCGACAAGGCCGAGCACACCGACUUGGACAAGCCGUCGAGCAACGUCCGAGUCCGCGACCUUCUCCGGUCCGUCGCCGAGCGCGCGCAGGUGAACGCGCGCCACAUCCUCGAGGGCAAGGCGCCGCACCGCCGGCGGCUCGAGAGCGCGCCCGAGGUCUGUCCCGGCAUCGACGACGUCGAGCUCCAGGACCUCUGGGUCGCCAACCAGUUCAAGGUCUUCUCGCUCACGCUGUGCAUUGCCGAGCAGCUGAGCAACCUCCCGCACGUGCGUCGGCUGCGGUACGGCUACACCAUGACGAUCGGCACGACAUCGAGCGUCAUGCAAACGGGCAGCGCCAACUCGUGGGGCAUCACCGCGAUCGGCGCGCCUUCUGCGUGGGCGCUCGGCCACACCGGCCAAGGCGUCCUGAUCGGGUCCAUCGAUAGCGGCGUCCGGGCGACGCACGAAGCGCUCUCGGCCAACUUCCGGGGUCCUUACGGAUGGUACGACGCAGUGACCGAGUCACCGACGCCCGUCGACGAGAACGGCCAUGGGACGCACACGAUGGGGACGAUCGCCGGAAGCCACGGCGUCGGCGUCGCGCCCGGUGUCACAUGGAUGGCUUGCCGCGCGUGCUCGGCCUCCGAGUGCAAGGAAGCCGACCUCCUCACGUGCAUGCAGUUCAUGCUGUGCCCGACCGACGUCAAGGGUGAGAACGAAGACUGCUCGAAGGCGCCGCGCGUCGUCAACAACAGCUGGGGCGCCGGCGCGACCGACCUCGGCUCGUACCGCGCGGCCGUCGAGGCGUGGCGCCGAGCGGGCAUCAUCCCGAUCUUUUCGAAUGGCAACACGGGCGCGUCCGGGUGCGCCUCGGUGCAGAGUCCGGCCGACUAUGACAAUGUCAUUAGCGUCGGCAACACCGACUCGACGGGCGCGCUGAGCCAAACGAGCAGCCGGGGACCGACCAAGGCGGGGGCGAUGAAGCCGACGCUGUCCGCCCCCGGGUCUGCGAUCACGUCGGCGUCCAACAAAGGCGAUGGGUCAUACGCGGUCAUGUCGGGCACGAGCAUGGCCGCGCCGCAUGUCACCGGCGCGGUCGCUCUUCUCCUCAGCCAGCACCCGAGCUGGGGCUACGACGAGAUCCUCAAGGCGCUCACAACCAGCGCGACAACAUCGACGCUCAAGCCGUCGACGCCCGACACGUGCGGGGCCACGGUCUCAACCACGUUCCCCAACAACCAUUUCGGCUACGGCCUCCUCUCGCUGACACCGUCGACACCGGCGACCACGAAUGCGACGACGACGAUGCCGUCAACGAUCAACGCGACGACCAGUGUACCGUCACCGACCGCCGUCAACGGAUCCACUGCGCCGUCGACGAUUCUGCCACUGCCGUCGGCGUCCUCGAGCCAUGCAGCCAGCAGCACGCCACCGCCCGUGACGACGACACCGGCACCGACCGUGCCACCGUCGGAGCUCAACACGGAGCUCAACACCGACGUACUGAUCGUAACACCGGUGCGGUCCGUCGUCAUCGUUGUCGGCACGAGCGUCCGUGCGACGUCCGUGUCGUCGUCGGCGCCCAUCACGGGCGCGACGCUCACGUACAGCCCGAUGACGCAGCAAGUGGUCGCGUUCAAUGGCGAGUGCCUCACCGCGUCGCCGAUGGCCGAGAGCAGCGGGACCUUCCUCCUGCACACGUGGCCGUGCCGCCUCAGCAAUAUCAACCAGCGCUGGGUCGUCAAGGACCAGCGCAUCGCCCACGGCCGCCACACCAACCAGUGCUUGGCGGUGGUCGCGUCGUCGGCCGGCGUCGCGCCCUGCGACCCGAAAGCGCCGUCCCAAGUGCUCAGCGCGCUCCCGCUCGACCGCGCGAUGGCGUACCUCUCGUCUCCGCGUCGCGUGUAGUUCAGAUCCUAAGACUCUCAAGACAUGUUGUAUCUAUCUUAUUACGGAAAA